ACACUCGAAGUUUCAAUUUUUAUUCAUUAGCUUUAGGUAAAGACACAAACAAAUGGAAGCUCUCAUCUUCGUCAUCAUCUUCUGAGUAUUAACCAAAGUCCCCACAACUGUCUGUCUUCGCUGCCAGACAAAACUGCUACAGCCAAUAAUGUUGUUCUGAGGGACCUUUCUUCUGUCAGAGACUCUCUCUUUCUCUCUCUCUCUCUCUCUCUCAUCUUCUCAGACUCCCCAACUCAUCUUCACUCUCCUCAAAACAAACAUCUAUUGGCAUCUCUUUUUUUACCUUUUUGUUUUUACCUCUUUGUUUACUUCCCUUUCUUCUCUCUCAUAUCUCACUUUCAGUUUUCCCAUUUUCUCUUUAACAUCCUCAUAGCAAUUUAACACCACUGUUCUAUAUAUAAAGCUAACGGCUUUAGCUUUUACAUGAGUUUCUUGUUUUUUACUUCUUUAAAAACUCCUCACAUUUAUUUUUAGAUAGAAAGAGAGAGAUACAAACAAGAGUGUGAUACUGAUAAUAGGGGAGGUUUCUCAGAUUUGUUUAUGGAGAAGAUUCAAGGACAAAACAAGCUCUGUUCUUUGAAUCAGAAAGUGAUUGUGAGAAGAAGCUUAGAAGUUCAAGGAUCAGGAGAGGAUCAAAGAUUUGAACUUGAGGAAGAAGAUCAAUUCUUACAAAAGAUGCAACAAAGUGAAGACCUUUCUGCUGCGGUGUUGCCCUUCAAAGACCCAAACUUUCUAGCACUACUCUCUCUUCAGACACUAGAGAAGCCGCCUUGGGGACUAGGAAACUAUCUCCCACAUGAAGUUCCAGAGUUGUCUCAUUCACCCAACUACUACAACUAUCAGAACCCAUCUCUUGAAAGAAUCAACGAAGCCAUGAUCUCAACCCAAGAAGAGAUUCAGCUAAACCCACAACGCAAGCGCGGAAACAACAACUCGGUAGCAUCAUCAGUGAGCAGAGAGAAGAGAAAGAGAAAGAGAACCAAACCAGCAAAGAACACGGAAGAGAUGGAGAGUCAGAGGAUGACGCACAUUACGGUUGAACGCAACCGCAGACGCCAGAUGAACGUUUAUCUCAACUCACUCCGCUCUCUCAUCCCAUCUUCCUACAUCCUUAGGGGAGACCAAGCGUCUAUAGUAGGAGGAGCUAUAGACUUCGUGAAGAUCCUCGAGCAACAGUUGCAAUCACUUGAAGCUCAAAAGAUAACUCAACAAACUGAUACCAAAGACGUUUCGUUGCGUGCGUGUGACGAAGAGCAAAGUAGUACUAAACUGAGAAUAGAUGCCACGGUGAUAGAGAGUCACGUCAAUCUCAAGAUACAAUGCCCGAAGAAACAAGGACAGCUUCUUAGAUCAAUCAUUUGGCUAGAGAAGCUUAGGCUCACUGUGCUUCAUCUCAACGUUACAUCUCCAUGCAAUGCAUCUGUCUCUUAUUCUUUCAACCUCAAGAUGGAGGACGACUGCGUUUUGGGGUCAACCGAUGAGAUAACGGCGGCGGUUCGUCAGAUAUUCGACUGCUGAAUUAAAAACAAAGAAACCCAAAAAGCAAAAAAGUAACGUUCUUUCAUAAUAGUCAGUUCGUUUUGUGUUUUUUUGUUGGUAUGUAAUUGGAGUCUUCUCGGCAUGGCACUUUGACUUUGUUUAAGAGGGGGUACUCUACAGUAUUAGGGACCCAUUUGAUAGAUGUAUAUCAACUUUGACCUUCGUGUCUUCGUAUUCAUGAUUCAUUGUCUU